ACACUCACGCACAGAGGCACAUGCAUCAGCAGGUGCUGCAUCACUGCUCCUGUUCGCCUCGUACACACAGGUAGACGCUGGAGAUUCUAGCUGAUUGCACUAACCUGCAUCAUGCGCACAGGUAUAUAUUCACAAAAAGCUUACCUCUGAUCCCAGGGAAGCCUCUGUCAGAGUGAUAUUGCAUUUUCACGGGUGAUGACAACACUGACAUGAGGAUGGUGAUGAUCAUAGGUAAAGGAAAAUGUUUGGCGUGGUGAUGGUGAACAGAAAUAAGAAGACUGCAUGGAAACUGUGAGGUUUACGGACCAAAACCUGCAUGCAAUUGGCUUUAGUGUUAGUCCCUUUGUCACAGCUGUCCUAGGACUAAUCUGCUCCAAUUCAACACCAGCCUUAACAUCUAUCCUCCCGCAUCUUACCUGCCUUAAUCACCAGCAUUCGACUGUACCAGCAAGUUCUCAAAAUUAAGCUCUAAUAUACUGCACGUCUGCCUAAGCUCAGCACUAAAUUGAGUCAGUCACUUUAACGCUACAAGAGCACUUCCUCAGCUCCUCUGUACUAUUUCUACUCGUUGGAGAAUCUCCAUUCCCAAAUGAUGCGGACAGACAGUAAAGGCCGGAGUGCCUCCCCCCACAGGAUAACCUACAAGUCUGACUUCCAUGCCAUCAAAUGCUCCUUUGACACUGCGACCACUAGACAUCCAGGGUCCAAGGUUGCUCCUACAAGACUGCCGUCAAGCAUGUCAGAUCCCGUAAUGUCCCACACCAGCAGCCCACGGAGCAGAGGGAGGGUCCACAGCACCAGGGGGCCCAAGAUCAGAGACAACAUUUUCCUCCAGAUGGACAGCCAGCAGCUAAAACAAGAUGGCACGCCACUGCUGAGUUCUGGCUCCACACCAUUCAAGUCCCCGCAGCUUACUCCCCUGCAGGUUCCCUCACCUCUUCCUGAGCCAAGACGUUCCUUCCUCGGUUCCUCAUCUGCUCUCAGCAGCAUAGCCGGCAUUCUUAAUGUAGAGUCUUCUCUGAUAGAUAAACCCUCCAAGUCAGAGGAGAUAGACAGAGCUGCUCUGGCUCAGAAGUUCUCCGUGACCCGGAAGUUAUUCGAGACCAAGGUGAUGGAGGUUGGCGGGGGACCCGGUGGAAAACUUAUUUCUGUCAGGGGAAGCAAGGGGAUGGCGGAUGGGAGAGGAGAGGGGGAAGAUGGGAGAGGAGGGGCCAGCCAGUUGGAAAAAGAGGAAGAUGUGAAAAUGUCAGUAAAUGAAAAGGGAGAACACAAAGAGGAUGGCUCAGGUCAUUUGAACGAAUCAGACUUACCCAUCAUAAACAUUUCUUCACCAAAGACACAGCUUCGUGCACACACAUCACUGGAAAAUCACCCAAAACACCUCUGCCCAAGAAAAGACAAUCUGCCUCCAUCACCUAGUGCCAUAGCCAAGGUCACAUCUGGGAGGGAGGAGACUGAAUGCUGUGUGCAUUCCUUGAAUGAAGUGUCCAACACACAAGCUGCCUCUCAAACUUGCUGCUGUCUUAAUGCCCAAAGAGCAACGUCCCACAGAGAGGGCACCAGAGAGGAAGAGUCGGCAGGAGCACCAAGCCUUCACCCCUGUUUGACCCCCGAAGAGCCAGUGAGGGCAGAACUCGUAGACGUGAAGAACGAGUCAUCAGAGAGCGAUGAGAACGAGGAGGACGGGCAGAGGAAGGCGGACAUAAACGGGAGAAAGGAUGAGGUGGAAAUGUGCAUGAAACAAGUGUUAGGAAAAACCCAGGAGCCCCUAGUGGAUGAUGUUUUUGAAGAGCCAAGUAUGGGAACCUCACCAGUAUGUGAAACCUCUGCAGGCCUUCAUAUGGUAGAGCAAAGACUGGAAGAUCGUCACCUAGUUGAAUUCUUAGGAGAAUACCAAAAGGAAUUAUCUGCCAGCGUGCCACCUAAAAGAGAGAUUGAAGAUGACGGGGUAGCAGGAAGAGACAAGUACCAGCAGGUGAAUGAACAUGGGGUGGGUGAGGGUGAAAGGGAGGAGCAGAAUGAAAACAACAGACGGCUCAGUGCUGAGACUGAGAAGUUCGUAGAAGAAAGGGAGAACAGACAGAAAAAGACGAAGGAAGUGGUGGUGGAAAGGGCCGGGAAGGAAGAGGGGGGCAAGAUGCUUGAGGGGUAUGUUUACAAGGAAGAGAAGUUGUACACUGAGGAAAAGGCAAAAGUGGGAGGGGAAGAUGCAGAGAGAGAAUGCAGGUCAAGUGGAGAAAAGGAAAGGAUUGGAAUAGAGGAGGAAGAAAGAAACGAGAAAGUAGAAGAUGCCGGCUCUAAGCUGCAAGAAGAGCAUGUCAAACAAGAGAAGAGCAGAGGAGUUGCUGAAGGAAAAGGUGAGGCCGAUGGGAAAGAUAAUGGAGGAGGAGGAGAGUCCACAGCAAUCUGUGGGAUUGAGAAUGAGGCUUUUGUGUACGAUCAGGAACGGGAGAGCCAGGCUCAUCCCAGGGACUCAAAAUCACCAAGGCAGGAUCAGGAAGGCUCUCCGGCUCCGGCAGAGCAGCCGUCAUUGGGAUACGAGGAAAUUCCUGGUAUUCCUGAACUAGCUGAGCAGGAUGAUGAAGACGCAGAGGAAGUCAGGAAGAGAGCGGUCAAGUUCUCCACAGCACCAAUCAGAGUGUACAGUACCUAUUCGAACGCAGUGUACGACAGACGCAACGACGAUAUUGAUCCAGUAGCCGCCUCGGCUGAGUACGAGCUGGAAAAGAGGGUGGAUAAAAUGGACGUUUUCCCUGUGGAGAUAGAAAAAGGAGAUGAAGGUCUGGGCAUCAGUAUAAUUGGGAUGGGCGUGGGUGCCGAUCAGGGCCUGGAGAAGCUGGGAAUCUUUGUCAAGACCAUCACUGAAGGAGGAGCUACGCAUAAGGAUGGAAGGAUCCAGGUGAAUGACCAGAUAGUGGAGGUGGAUGGGGUGAGUUUGGUUGGAGUCUCUCAGCUGUUUGCAGCCACAGUCCUCAAGAAUACAUCAGGCCUGGUCAAGUUUUUGAUUGGCCGAGAGAAGCAGGGGGUAGAGAGUGAAGUGGCACGGCUGAUCAAUGAAAGCCUGGAAAUGGACAAGCCCAAGAGAGAGAGAGCAAGGUCAGGAGAUGGAAGUGCAGACAAUGAUGACGGCAUGUCAGUAGAAGAGGAAGAAGAGGAGGAAGAGGAGGAGGAUGUGUCUGUACUGUCCAGUCUUGACAACUAUCAGCUCUGCCUCAAAUACCAGCAGCUCCAGUCAAAACUACAAAUCAGAACAACCCAACUUCACCAAGCUAAGGAAAAGUUGAAGGUGUGUCAGGAGCAGCAAGCCCAGUGGGAGAGCCAGAGGGCUGAUUUGGAGCAAAGGGUUGAAGAUGGAGAGGAGAAAGCUGACAAACUGGAGAAGUACUGGCAAGAGGCCCAGACCCUGUGUAGGGUUGUUAGCCAGCGUUUGGCUGAUGCUCAGAGCCAAUCAGAGGGCCUGGAGAUUAAAUACAGCAAGGCCAAGAGACUGGUCAGAGAAUACCAGAGCAGAGAGGAGGAGAGGGAGAAGAGAGAAGCUGAUCUGAGGAGAGAAAUGGAGGACAGAGAUAAGAAACACAGAGAGACUGUGGAAAGACUGCAAAUGCAGCUCACACAGGUAGAGAGAAAAGAGCCAGUGCCUGAAAGAAAGAAUCACGCUCUGGACACUUCAGUCCCAGGUCCAGACUGGUGCAUUCCAGUUCCUGAUACAGGUCGUCUAGAUUCCAGCGCCCACAGAGCUAGAGCUCAGCUGGCCCAGAAAGCCAAGCGCCACCCUCCCUCACGGGACAAACUCAGAGAGAGCUUUAGAAGACAGGAAGAUGAAGUCCAGAAAAUGCAGGAGAACCCAUCGCUGGCUGCUCCUUCAGCAGUAGGGGCAUUACAAAGGAGCAGUAGAAGUGACCAGUCCAGUACCUCAUCCUUCUCCGCCCUCAGUACUCAGCCCCCCACCACCUCCAUCUUCACCCCUCCCAUCCACAUCAGUGACGUGGUCACGCCCUCCCCCACCAAAUCCUCGGCAUCCAGAAAGUCCAAAAGGAAAUUUCCUGACUUCAGUGGCCUUCGGAAGUCUCUAGGGAGAAGGAGCAGAAGUGAGAAGAAAAGUCGAGACUCCAUAUCUAACAGCAGGGCCUCAUGUGGCGACCUGGUGGACGGACCCACUGGAGUCUCCCCGUCAGGUUCGGUCACCUCCAUGCCUUCCUGCCUGCCGUUUCCCUGGUUCGGAGAGCGAGGGAGGGAGAAGGAAGGGGAAGAGGAGUGUGAGAGAGGCAGGGAGAGGCUUCGGUCUGUGUCAAGCAGCAGCUUGCCGUAUCUGACCACCACGGGCAGACGAGAUCAGAGUAUUGGAUCUCCAGUGGGCUGCUCCAGCAUGGUGGGUCAUGUCUCUGAUCACUCCCUCUCUGGACACUCACACACUUUCACCUUUUCCUCCACUGAGACUUUGGACAAUGAUCCGAUCCCCGCUCAUAACAACAACCAGUGGCAAAGUCGGCCCAUCUUGGAGUGGACCAACCAGCAGGUGUGCCAGUGGUUAAGCGGCAUGAACAUGGAGCAGUACGUGGCCGAGUUCACUGCCAGAGGUGUGGAUGGGCCGCAGCUUCUCAGCAUGGACAGUGAGAAACUCAAGGCUCUGGGGGUGUGCAGCCAGAGUGACCGUUCGGCUCUGAAGAAGAGGCUGAAGGAGAUGAAGAAAAAAGAAGAGAAAGAGCAGAGGGAGAGAGAGAAGAGACUGAAGGAGGAAAAGGAGAAAGACAAGAACAUGCUCAUGGAGAGGGAGAGUGAAGGAAAGGAGAAAGAGAUUAGGAUGAUGGAAGAAAAAGCUGGAAAGGAGGUCGGGCGCAGUGGCAGAACAGUAAGAACUGAGUCACUUUUAUAAAAAAAUAAAAAGUAUUGCAGCGAUGUCAUAAGUAUAUCCUAACAUUUCAAACCAACCUAGCCUUGUCGGAUUUCUGUUUCAAGCACAUAACCUCUAUUUUAUGUUGCCACCAGCACGAGGGUGUGUCUGUAGACACACAUACAUACACACACACACACACAUACACAUUUACAAGGACCAAUGAUUUCUGGUUGGCUGAUCCAGACACCUAGCUCUACUGCACACACAUUUGAUAAGACACCCCGUCAUUUAGAAUGAGGAAAAGUGAUUGGUUUAAUUGAUAGAUUAUUGGAUCCAAGCAGAGUUUGACUCCAGCACCAAAGUUCACCCUUCCAGCAAAUAUAUAUCUCCUGCACACUUCCAGUGAUAAAGUGUAUGACAAUUUACUACGGUUUUAUAAUGUUUUUUUUUUUUUAAGUUAAAUUAUUCUUAGGCUUUACCAAAUACAUGUUUUAAUAUUAAAUGUGUGCUGAUCACAGCACCGAAUUGUCUUUGCUGUAAAUGCUUUUUUUAUGUAUUAAUAAAUAAUGUUUUAAACUUGC